CUCAGAGAGUCUGCAAGAGGCCGACGGGCGGUUAGUUGGCAAAUGGCGCCAAGGCAUACGGAGUGAUGGUAUUAUGCCCUGCGCCAGCUAUAACUUGCUAAAGUGAAGUGAUUCUAUUACUGAUUCUGUGUACUAUGUUACCGGUGGAUUUACGGCAAAAUCAUGUGGGUGUUGGCACGAGAAUCGUCGGUGUCGUGCAAGGGUACCGACCUCAGGUGGACUGGGGAGGCGAUUCAGGAUCGGCCACCAUCGUCGUAGGCGGUCACAAUGUCCGUGUUGCUACUUCCGGUUGGCGGAGAAGGUGCCUUUACAUCCUACUGCUGGCACUCCUCGCCCUGUCCGUUGUUAACCUCUCAAUCACCCUGUGGAUUCUGAAGACUGUGUACUUUAAUGUGGAUGGCAUGGGACUCUUGCACGUCAAGAUAGGCGGACUGGAAAUGCAAGGAGUUUCAGAUAUCUCUCAAAAGAUGACGGUGGCGAGCAUCAUGAGCAGAAAAGGAGAAGAUAUUCCCAUCAAUGGGUAUUUUAACCUGACUAUUCACACGUCAGAGGAACAAGACAAUCUUGCAGAAACCGAAGAUGGAAAUUUCACUACCAGCGAUCAAUCACUAGACAACCUACCUGCAUACCUACACCUUAAUGUUGACAACAUACAUGCUGGAACAAAGAAGUUCGUCGUACGAGACCACCAUUCAGGCAAGGAGAUCUUCCGUACAGAUGGAAAGGGAACGUACGUUGGGGCCAAGAGGUUCACAGUUACUGGCAACGAAGGGGCAAAGUUUAUUGGAUCAAUGCAGACACCAAAUCUCUAUUCAAAAGGAGUCCAUGUAAUGAGGCUAGACAGUGAAACACGUGACAUAAAAUUUCGGUGUAAUGAAGAGCUGCGAAUGGAGGCCCGUCACGGAGACAUCAGCUCCAUUUCCACGGGCGACCUCACCCUCAGGUCCAAGGAAGGAGCCAUCAGAUUUGACAGCCGAGAAAUUGGCAUGAUCAAUCUACAUGUCGAGGGAGAAGAGGAGUUUCGAGCGAUGUUUGGCACAGAAGAGGAUGAAGAAAUUACACCUACACAGGUUCCACUAGACACUCAAAUCCCCAAGCCACCAACUAUGGGACCACUUCCCUUUAGGGCGACUGCAGCCACGACGACGACACCUAUGCCCACGCCGGCAGAAGAUGAUGGAAGUCCUGCCCCAGAGGAGGUGAAAGUGUAUGAGGUAUGUGUAUGCCCAAGUGGAAAACUGUUCGCAGUUGAGGCUGCUCAUGCCUGCGUCCCAGAUGAUGUUGUAUGCCGGUAGAGCCGUGUAAAUCUCUUCACGGAUGAAAGACCCUGGAAACUUCAAAAUUGGAAAGAAGAGCUGAAUUCAAAUUGUUUUAUUCAAGAAGAGAUCACUCUCUCUCGCAUUUUAUCUUGGUAGAGAACACAAACACACAUACAUACAUGAACGCGCAUGCAUACAUAAUAAAUAUAUAUAUAUAUAUACAUAUAUUAAAACAAGAAUAUCUCUUACAAUCCGCGUGAGAUAAUACUCAUUCUUUUUGCACGUAACUGGCAACAAGACUAUCCUUUCCCAUUAUUUUGUUCUCUUUAAAAUUAUUUCCCAUUAUUUCUCUUCUUUGAAAUGAAAGACGAGAAAUGAAUGUAAAUGGCCUAUGUGCAGAUUUUAGCUUUAGUUAAGUGCAUUCCUAUGCUUUUAAAAGGGAAAGACACUUUAUAUAGUGGCUUGCUAACAAAAUUUAUACUAUUCUUCUAUGUAGGGCAAAAAUAAAACAGAAUAAAUUCU